AUGGGGCCAAGGUUUUUUUGGUGUUACUACCAUGUACGCGCGACAAAGACAUUCCUGACGGUGUUAUUGAUUUGGAUUUCAAUAUUUGUAUACUGCCGAUUUCAUCUCUGGCGAGACCCUCACUCCGCGUUUUUCAAUGACCGCCAUGUGUACAACCUAGAUUAUAGCCUCUACCGCGAACGCGAAGCCCGACAUCUUAUAUCACGAUACAACUCCCCUUCUGACCCCCCACAGCCUAUUAGAGGCGGACCCGAGCCGCUUAUUUGUGUGUCAUUUGUCACCGUACGGAGAAAGUUGGACGACUACUUCGAUCCCUCUGUAGGGUCAUUACUGGAAGGCCUGUACGAGGAAGAGCGACAGGCCCUACAUAUCGAGAUUCUCUUCGCCGAUACAGACCCUACGAGACAUCCGAGUUGGGGUCAGAAAUGGGUGGAUAGGCUUGUUGACUCGGCAGGGUCCUACAAUGUGUCGGAGGUAGAGCUGGACCACCUGCGUGAAUUGGAAAAACAACGAAACUUUUAUGAGAAAGGAGUUUAUGACUAUGUCUACGCCUUAAAGUCUUGCCAAGCCACAAAGGCCCCCUACACGAUCAUUUUCGAAGAUGAUAUAAUCCUCGCCACGGGUUGGUUAACGAAGACUCUUAAAGCCCUGUCUGAUAUCACAAAGCCUACCCAGAACAAACAAAAGCCAUGGAUAUACCUUCGGCUGUUCUAUACUGAGACGGCACUCGGCUGGAGCACAUCGGACUUUGCAUACCGAAACAUGUUCUUCAUCUUUGGUCUGCUGAUGCUCUCUUCAUGUCUAUGUCUACUGCUCCUCCGCCGCUUUCGCAUUUGUCGCUCCUACCUUGAUUACACAAAUAUGGCCGUUAUAUGCCUUGUCUGCGUCCCCGCUUUUAUCGCACUUGUCUAUAUGAUGGGGAAAUACACUUUGAUGCCGCUUCAAGGAGUAGUGGAGAUGAAUAAGUAUGGGUGUUGCACGCAAGGAAUGCUGUUUCCAGAGGACCAGAUCGAUGGACUAAUUGGAUUUCUUGGGGAGAAGGGGCAUGGUCAAACUGACUCUUUGAUUGAAGAGUAUGCGGAUCAGACUGGAUUGACUAGAUAUGCAUUGGCCCCACCGCAGCUUCAGCAUGUAGGGCUCAAGUCGAGCAGAGAUAAUCUUGACAUCAACACACAGAGUACAUGGGCAUUCUGGUUUGAAGAGAAUGACCCAGAGGCUCUGAGGAAGGAGGACGAGAGAUUAUUCGGGGAUAGAGAUGUGCAGAUGACGUUGAAUGGAGAUAUCUGA